AGUUCAUCCUUAUGCAAAAGCCAUUUUGAUAAUGAUUCAUGAAGAACAUGGUAGAAGUAUCCUUAAAGUUCUGAAAUUAAGGCAUUUACCUUCAAUAUUUUCCAGUCAUGCGGGAUGUCAAUUGCCAGCACUUGUUAAACAGCACGAACAGCAUAAUCUUCGCAAGGA